AUGGAAGAAAUUCAAGAUAUUUCUGCCACAAAUACACCAGAACAAAGUUCAAAGAGAAAAAUUGAGGAAGUAUUCUCGUUAUUCAGAGAACUUACUGAACCAGGAGCGGAAGUUAUUGAUGAAGAACCAAAACGAAAAUUCAUGCGUGUCACGCAGGCACAAUACAAAAAUAUUACGGAGGAACAAAAUAAAGUUGAAGUCACAUAUGACCCAACGGAUUUCAAGAGUUACAUGAAACGUCUUUCUACUUUCGAUAUAUCCUUUAUUCCGGAUAGCUUAAGACCAACCGAGGUAUCGAGAUUUGGCUGGGAGAACGUAGAUAUUGAUAAACUCAAAUGCGUCACCUGUGCCGCUGAGCUUGAAGUUAGUUUUCCUUGUAUAAUUAAUAAAGAGGAUGUUCAGAAAGAGGAAGAAAAAUUUGAUAAACAAUUAUCAACAGCACAUGCAGAGCACUGUUCAUGGGGUAGAAAUCCAUGCUCAGAUGAGAUAUAUCGGUUUAGACAGCUACGACAAGACCAUGCCGUUGAAGAGUUCCGACAACGAGCAUCUGAAUUGAUUAAAUUAGGGGAGAAUCUUCCUGUUAUCAAGACAGAUCUGAGUGAAGAAUUCACCCAAACAGUAAUUGAGGCACUUCGUUUAGAUUAUCCUCUGGACUCGAGAAUCGCUGCUACUGCGGGCUGUUUAUCAUUAUUUGGAUGGGAAUAUCAACGCAUCUCGAACAGCUUUGAUAUAAUACGAUGCAAAUUAUGUUGUCGUCGUUGUGCUUUAACUAAUUUUCGAAACAUUUCCAAGCAAAAAACAAUCGACGAAAAUAAGCAAAAAGACCAUCAAGAGACCCUAAAAACCACGGCCGAGUGUCAGACGCAAGAUAACGAUACAAUAAUGCAAGAAGAUCAACAUCAGGAACAACAGGAAGAAAAAUUAAAAAGUGUAGAACAAACAUCGAAUCAACAAGAACAAACAUCGAAUCAACAAGAACAAACAUCGAAUCAACAAGAACAAACAGGAAUAAAAGAUUCUUCUGAUUCUAUAAACAUUUCGCCUGCUUCUGAUAAAGAUGACAAAUAUUUUGCUAGUAUUAACAUCGAAGGCCUUCCAAAAACCCCGGAUGAACGUUUAUUCGAUGUACAAGCUGAACACAAAUAUUAUUGUCCUUGGAUAACUGGUGAUGGAAAGCCAGUGAAAAUUCGGACUGUUGAACAAUUAGUGAAGAAACAUCCCGGUUGGCAUCUUACUUUGGAGGCUGUAGUCAAAUCGACUUGUCAAAAAGAUGAUAACAAGAGCGAAACACAGAUUGAUAAUUUUCGUAGUAUUUUGUCCCCGAUGGAAUCAAAUCCAUUUUCCGAAGUUUCUAACGAAUAA